GCGUGCGAGACGUUCGCAUGCGAUGCCCGCGUCGAGUCGUUCAAGCAGCAGCCUCCAGCUCCACCGGUGCCCCUGGAGAGCAUGCCGGCGAAGUGGGGCCGCAUCCGGGCGGGCCGGUUCGAGUGGCAGCAUCCGCGCCUCGAGGAGAAGCUGAAGGUUGGCAUGAUCAUCGAUCAGGGCUGCCGCGUGCGGGUGGCCAAGUGGCUGUGCGGGCUGGCAGGCGCCGCGGCCCAUCGGAAUCCACGGUGGAACGAGUUGAAGGGUCUCUACGAGGAGAGAUGGCCCCCUUACUUUGGGAAGCCCCAGCGGUUCAAGUGCGGCCGGGAGGGGGCUUGGAUGGACGAGGCAGCAGCGUUGUACUUCGACAGGGACUCUGACUACCAGGAGGUGAUCCCAGACCAGGCGCACUGGCGUGUCUCCAGUGUAGAGGAGGCGACCAGGGCGACGAGGGCGACCAUGGACGCGCCGGUGGCCGAGAACCACGCCGCGGCCAGCGAGGAGGCCCCAGCUCGCGUGGUGGCAGCAGGCAGCCCGCGUGCAGACGUUCGAGGCCACUCGUCGCUCCAGCGCGCGCUGGGUCGCGCCCCGGACAUGGGCGGAAAAUUCUUCGAGUCCGACUUCGUCGAGCUACCCUACUUUGGCGCUUGGCGCGUGGAGGAGCAGUUUGACCGAAACUACAACCCGAUGUUUCAGGUCGAGCAGGAGUGUCUCGAUCAGGUGUGCCAGCGGAGGAUCAGUGGGGCCGUGAACUCGAAUAACCGGAUGUUCAACAGGGUGGCGCCUGGCAUGUUCGUGAGAUACUACAGGAAGGAGAAGAGCGAGGUCCGCGGCACCAGCGAGGGGCUGGCGAGGGCCCUGGCUGCUGAGACGGCGCGGACAGCCGGUCGCGACGGUAGCCGGCGGGGCCCGCGUCCCACGAUGCACCAUGGGCGACUAUCGUCGGUGAUGUGGCCCAUCCGAGGGGGCCGACUCACUAUGGCCGACCUUGCGCAGCUACGGGCCGCCAGUGCCCGCGAGGUCGCCUGCGCUGAGGUGGUGGAGGGCUCUGGCGUGACCGCGCCCUGGGCAAUCUCCCGGGCCAUGGAGGGUGCCCUUCCCGGCCAGUGCAUGGACGUCGCAGUGGUCGACCCGAUCCAGUGGGAAGAGGACGGGGCCUGGUCGGGGAGCGAGAUGGGACCUCCCGCCAAGAUGGCCAGAGUUAACCCAGGGGGCGCCGAGGAGGCGCAUCCGCGGGAAGACGCGGCCGGCGUUUGGCAGUGCGCUGGCUCAAGGGACAUGAGCUCCUUCGUGGCCAACCAGAUCAAGAAGGGGAGAUGUGAGGUGUCGGAGCGCGCUGUGACUAUCGGGGGGCGGGGGCGGUUUGCCGAUGCCGAGCAGGUCGAGGUGAACGACGACAUCGCGUCCUCUGUUCUGGAAGUCCCACCCCCCGACGUCGCCCCGCCGCCGAGCGAGGUGAUGCGCAUGGGGUGGGUCAUGAAGCGUAAUAUAUACGAGAAGGACGGCGGCGCCAAGCCGAUAGCAAUCUUGGUGUUGGGUUGCAUGGAUCCGCAGCGUGGGUAUAGGCCGACCAGUCGGGGUGACAUGUGGGUCGUCCCUGAGCUUGCCGGGGCGAUGGGCGUCCCGGAGGGUGCCGCUGCGAAGCUCGAGAAGGCGGCGCGUGGCUUGGUGGAGGCGGCCAUAGACUGGUACAUGACCGUCUCCGAGGUAUGGGCCGAGCAGGGGUGGGCCCGCGUGGAGAUGGACCCGCGCGCGUGGGUCCUGCGCGGCAAGGAUCAUGGCAAUGCCAUGGAGUGCCCAGUCGAGUCUCGAGACGUACCUCAAGGGCGCCCUGGCGAUCCGAGAUGGUUGUGGGCCUGGGCUCGGCUGGGGGCUCGCUUCGACUGGAAGGAGUGGGGGCGUGGCAUGUUCUACCAGACGGGUGUGCAUAUUGUCCAGGAUAUGGACACGAGGUUCAAGAUGGACCAGGAGGGGCGCGUCAGGGGCAUCGAGGAGAUCUACGUGAGGCCGCCGAGGAAGAACCAGGAGGAGUCCUGGACCACGGAUGCGGAGAAUACCCAGAUGCGAGCAGUACUGGGAGCGAUCGGAUGGCGCUCUGAACAGACGGAGCCCGUGAAUGGCGCAGACGUGAGCUGGCAGCUCAGCAACGUGCCCCACUCGUCCGUGAAGUCGCUAGAGGACCUCAACAAGCUCGUGGAUCGAGUCCGGGGGCAGGCGGUCAACGGUGUCAGGAUCCAUGGGCAGAUCGACAGGGUGCGCGCGUGUAGUGCGGCGGCGAAGACGCGGGCAACCGUGGAUGGCGAGCUCUGCGGCCUGAAGCUAGUGUGGCUGGAAAUGCUCGGCAACGAGGGUCCGCUCGGCAAGCCGAAGACGGCGGUGUUCACCCCCAACGGCAAGGGGGAGAAGGUGGGCAUCGACGCGAUGGCCACGAAGGGCGAGAGCGCCCGGGACGGCAACGGGCUGCCGUGGGUGCAUCGCGACGCCCAGCUCGCGAACGGCCUGACGAGGGGGCACGAGCCGCGCCAGCUACGAUUGUAUUACAACUGUGGUGCUCGGUGGAAGCUCGUACAUGAUGAGAAACUCCGCAGCGCGAGGCGCCGUGGGACGGAGGGGGUCGGGCCGCUCGACUCGGGCAAGGGCACCCAGGAGGGCAAGGUAUACGACGCGGGUGGACAGCCCGAUCAGCAUUGCGAGGGGCUCGUAGAGGACAAGACGGAGCUCGAGACAGAAGAGGGUAUCAUCAACGAGAGGAUGCGCAACUUGGAGAAUUUCCCCUC